AUGUUGUUGGACUACUGCUGCCGGUGCUGUGGGACCACUCUGAUCAAACGGCAUGGCCACCUGCCAAUCAACAGCAAGCUGAACGACACCUGGGUGGUUCUUCAGAACCUGCUGAUGUGCAUGGUGUGCUUCUACUCUCUUUACUACAUUGUGGUCAGUUUGUGCAUCGGCAUCCUGAAGGUAGAGGAGGUGGACAGUCUAUUAGCUCCGUUUGACUACACCACACAGCCAUCAUGGCACAGCCCAAAAUAUCUAGUGAGCGUGAUCUCGACGGAGGUGACGUAUGUCCUGGGUGGGCUCAUCUUCGCCUGGAUCGUGGAGGAGUGGGUGUGGGAUUACGCCAUCACUGUCACGCUGCUGCACGUCGGCCUCACCGUCGCAGUCAUGGCUGACUUCCCUUCAACAGAGCACUGGUGGAUCGCUCUGGGUUCAGGCCUGGCCAUGAUGAUCUUUGGCGGGCAGCUGCUGGCGUAUCGACUUUUCAGGAAUAAUUUUGUGCAUCCUGAAGAUCUCCAAAACUUCUGA